CUUACUUUGACACCCUCACAUGCGCUGCCAAUCGCUUCAAGACACAGGCAGUGAACAACUGUUAACUGAGCGCUUCUAGUCCUUCUACCAACGGCGACACCUUCAACCAGCAUCGCACGCUCCUACAUACUCCGCGGCAUCAACCAUCACUAUGGCUGAAGCUGCAGCCGAACCACAGGCCGCUGCGCCCGAGCAGAAGGUCCAGGACAGCAAGCCAACCGAGGCCACCAAUGGCGGCGCUGAGAAGACCAACGGCAGUGACGACAAGUCGGGAGAGAAGACUGAGAUGACUGACAACGACCAACGUCAUGCAGAUCGACGUGGAUCUCACGACGAUGGCGGCAAGGGUGAUCGCAGAGACAACCGGGACAACCGCGACGGCGGCGACCGCCGUGAUCGCAGAGAUGGCGGACGAGGCGAUCGUCGCGGUGGAGGCCGAGGGCGGGCAAGAGGCAGAGGCAAUGGUGGCUUCCGUGGACGAGGUGGCGGCGGCUACCAGAACCGGGACCGCAAUGUUCGUACACGCUUCGAGCGCGACGAAGAGAGUAACGAUGCUGGCGAGAUCCGUCGCCAGGUCGAGUUCUACUUCUCCGACUCCAAUUUGCCUAUCGACAAAUACCUUCUGGAGCACACUGGCGGUUCGGAAAACAAGCCUUUCCCACUGAAAUCACUUCACACAUUCAAGCGCAUGCGCCACUUCAAGCCAUUCAGCGCUGUUGUCGAUGCUGUCAAAGGCAGUGCCUUUCUUGAGGUCAACGAUCAAGACGAGGUCUUCCGCAAGGAGCCUCUGGACAGCAAAUUCACCCUGGACACUGUUGCGAACAACGAGUUGCUUACAAGUGACAGUAUCAGACGCAGCAUUUAUGCCAAAGGAUUCGGCGAGGAGCAUGACAAGUCUGCUUUCGAAAUUGAGGAAUUCUUCCAGCCUUACGGCGUGCGUAGUGUGCGCCUCCGUCGCCAGCAAGAUGGCACAUUCAAAGGCUCCGUCUUUGUUGAGUUUGAGGACGAAGACGCUGCCAAGCAGUUCAUCGAAAUGGAAGAUAAGCCUAAGUUCAACGAUAAGGACCUGAUUAUUAAGAGUAAGAAGGAGUACAUCGAUGAGAAGUCCCAAGGUAUCCUUGAUGGAACCGUCAAGCCUAAAUCGCCAACCCGCACCGGCUUCGGUAACUCCAAUCGAGGAGGUCGCAACGGGGGCGACUUCAAGCGCAAGCGCAACCAUGACGAUGACGCCGAUGCGGAUGGAGAGGACCGGGACAACUGGCGCGAUCGCCGUGACAAGUUCCAGAAGGAUGGUCGAGGAGGACGUGGGCGUGGGCGUGGACGUGGACGUGGAGGCGACAGACGUGGAGGACGCGAUCGUGACGCUUCUCGCUCUGCCAGUCGCAGCCGCAGCCCUCGCCGCGAGGAGGAGAAGAAGGAGCAGACCGAAGGAGCGACGUUGGAGCAAGCGGCGCCAGAUGAGAUCAAGGCAGAAGCCAAGGAGGAGGCUGUGAAGACUGAGGCUUAGGUAGCCACGGCCGAAUCGACUUCCGAGCCCCAGACGAAUCUUGAUGGCGUCAAGCGCAAGCACACAUCCGACGACGACGGUCAAGACGAGCUCAGUGCUCAGAAGGUCAAGUUCUCUGGUCCCAGCAAGCAUGACAAGCAGUCCGGUGCUAAUCCAAAGACUGCUGAGAUCCUCGCACGUCUACGCUCCGUUGCAAAGGAGCUUCAGACCGCGAUCAUCGACAAGGAGAAGGCCAUGACGAGCGAUUCUAUCAAGGAUGUCGACCAGCAGGCCGGUGCGGUCACUACCGAGAAGGUCGAGAUGGACGAAGACGACGAAACAGCUAGCUCGGGAUAAGCUUCCAUAAGGCACGCAUUUGGCGAAGGCGUUCUGGAGCGAAAGGCAUACGGAAGGACACAAUUGAACAGGGGCGGCAGCGACGGGUUAUUGUGUUACCGCCCAAAAAAGACUAACUCAUGCGGCUUGUACACUCUCCCACUAGGGAGCCUUUUACUGCGGCCGCAGUCGAGUUUGCAGAUAGAUAGUUGGUGCACUCUGUCUAUGACAGGAUGCUCUUCAUUUCCAACUACCUCAUGAUUC